AUGGGUACCAAAAGAACUCACCUGGAGCUCGGAGAGAUGGAACGGCGUCAUUCAGAUACCUCCGUGCCCCAGUCAAACCACACCUUGCAAUAUCUAAAUGCUCUUCAUCCGCAUUAUGCCAUUAUCUAUCUCGAUCAGCAUGGAAAGCCUCGCAUCGAAUCUUCCUCCUCCUAUGCCGAAUCAUCGGCCUCUUCCGCUAGCGAUAACAUCUUCAUCCGACCCGAUGUGACAGAGCAAUUCAUGAAAAUAAUUCCACCAAAUCUUCAAUCGAUGCCAUAUACACCGAACCCGAACCAAGGAUCCAUUUCACCAUGGAGUGCUCAACCUAACUCUGGCUGGAUGAAUGCUGGCCCUGUGAGACCCGCAGAAAUGAUUCCUUGCGAAUGGCAAUCUAGCCAAAGCCGACGAAAGCGACAACGCCCUACGGCAAGAGAUCUUCCAAAAUCCAUUUCCCCCCCACCGACAGCGGCACCGUGUCGAACAGUCCUCCGAGUGGGUGAUCGGGAUACCCUGCGAAGUUAUUAUACGAAGGCAUUUGAGGAUUUCCAGCAGCUGAAUUGUCGUGCCAUUGCAAAGUCAUACGUCAAGCUGGUCGAGCCCCGAAAACAGGUGCAUUUUCCAUACAAUGGACGCAAAAUGAUCGCAGGGGUAUCGCAACGCGUCGAUCCGGAAAUGACAAAGCCUGGUUGGUGGCCCGAAGGCGUAUGCCACAAAGAACCGGACCACCUCCUCAAGACUCCUCGCCUUAAACUAUUAGUCCAUAUCCUCUGUGAGCUUAAAGACAGCCAUGGAAUAACAGCAGAAAAGCUUUGUGAAGCUGGCCAGGAUGUACGACGACAGAUUACCCCAGCUAGCAGGCUCGAAGUACUGGACGAAAUUUAUUUCGUGCGUCAAAUGGAGGAGCAAUUCAUUGACGGAGAGCUUGAUGCGAACACAUCGAUUCAGGUGUUCCAUACUCAACUCGCAGAGCCUGACAACCAGGAUAGCGAGAGGGCGUCAUCAAAUCACGUUAAUCGGAGUACUGCAUCGGACCGGCAAGCGGUGCCUCUCUCGCCGGCUACUAGUGAUUCUAGUGGUCCACGCAGUCCAACAAAUACCAGUUUCAAUGCAUACCCCGUCAAUUUGGGCCGCACGGAAAUCACCCACGAACCCCACACCGAGCAUAAACCAUUACUACAAACACCGAAUUACCUGCCGGGGUAUUACCCACAGCACUUUGUUCCUACCGACAAACCUUCGACCGAAUACUGGCCGAAUGUCCCUCCCAUGCCGGAUGUAUCUCAGUACGGUUACUGA